AUGUACUGGCUAUUAUUGUUGUUGUUUUCAAUUUGUGCAUCGCAAGAAGACCCCUUUGUUUGUGUUGAUGAACAGUGUUUUUUAAAGGAGUUUGUUCCAAAACCGUAUUGGCAAGAAGUACGCAAGGGACAGAAUAUACCUGUUGGAUUGGACGUUAAGGUUAAUUUAAAUUCUGGAGUAAUUUCAGCUAGAGAGUUACCUGGGAAUAUGAAUGCAACUCCACCAAUGAAUCAAAUAGCUAAUGUUAUAGGGUCAGAAUUUGAGGAUGAUUCUUCCGAAUACAUGUUCACCAAGCAGUUCGCAGAAGUUAGAUCAUUGGCUAGCUCUGCAGCUCCUGAUUUUACGUUAAUUGUGAAGCAGCUAGAUGAUGUUGUUGAAUAUGCUUCUGGAUGGGCGUAUGGUCCCCAAAUUAUUUCUCAUGAGUUGAGAUUACUAGAAAGGUUUAUAUUUGAUCGGCUAGUUCCUUCUGAGGUGAGGGAACUUUCAUCUAGGAUAAUCGGUGCUUGCCUCAGGAAUAAUAUUGGUAGUGCAAAAGGAAUUUUAAACAAGGAUUCCAGGAUUGUUUAUAAGUUGUUGGAAGAGGCAGUAUUUCUUUCUCAUAACCAGAAUGCUGAAUCUGAAGUAAAAACAUUGAUUAAGAGGUUCCUAACAAUCAUAGAGCUUUUACAACAGACCUAUGAACAAAGAUUAGAUGCAAAUUUACUAAUAGAACUCUAUGAAAUCGAUGAUCACAUUAUAAAGUUGAAAGUUUUAUCAAUCCUGUGCAAAACAUACCGCCCAGAUCGGAUAGAAGCCACUCUAGUCGCAAGAUCCCUCGACCCUACAAUCGGCACACAACUUGCUACCUUGCUUUCUACUCAUAUUCAGGACGAACGAUUAGAUGAAUUACAAGUGCGUGAAUUCUUCACUACCCUACGCAGUCUAAAAAAGGAACUAGGAAGACAAGCAAAACUAGAUGCCAAUUUCUUGAACUGGUUAGCAAAGGAGUGCGAGAAGCGGAAACAGAGCUUAGCCACAAGGACGGAGGAUCGAAGUGAACAUGAUGAAGAGUUCGACAAGAUGCUCAUUGAAAGCAGACACCUAAUAUUCGGCAAUCCCAUGGCUCAUAGAAUAAAAAAUUUUGAAGACCACGAUGAACUUUAA